AUACCCGAAGCUAUGAUGAGAACAAUUAAAGAAGAAGCUUAUAAAAUUGUCCUAAAAACGACACAAAGUACGUUUAAAGUUGCGCUAUAGUUAUAACCUGCAUGAACACUGUGUUUAUUAGUAAUAUAAAGUUUAUAAUCUACAUAGACACAUUAAGAAAAGGCCUUGAAUCAGGCCCUUGAUUAAGUUGCAUGCGCACUAUACAAUGGGCAUUUUCUUAUAUCAUUUCAGCUUACAAAUCACAGAUUGGCAGCAAACAUAGGCUGACGACAGAAGCUUAUGAAAGUCUUAAAGAUUUGAGAGAGGACCUUCUCAGAACGUAA